GUAGUAGAUAUAAAAAAACAGUGGAUGCCGGAAACAUAUAUAUGACCGCUCAUGUUUCACACGAACCAUUUGACUGACGCAAAGGCGCCAGUUUCAUUACUUGUAUUUGUGACAAACUUUUACUGAGACGAGCUGAAACUGGAAAAUGCCUGUGAGUAAAACUCUGCCCAUGGGCACCACCCAUAAUAAGCCGGCUUCUAAAAUCCCAGUGCCGGCAAGAAACAUCAAAACUCUGACUGCGGCCACAAGUUCUCAAGCAAGCGGCAAGACCAAAGUCUCUGCAAAAGAAGGGGUCCCUCUGACAGAAUUGCAAAAACUGGACUCCCUACGAUCUAAACUGGAACAAUCCGUAGAUGCAUUCGUCAGGGCCAGGAAAGAGCUGGAGGAAAUAUUGCCAGUAGAGGGCAGCAGUGAACAAGGACGUCCCCUCACUGGAUCUUCUGUUGACCUGAGGACUGAGCUGAGGAGACACAGAGAACUGACGUCCAGAGCAGCUUCAUCUUUAAAGAGCAGUAAAGCCCCCGACAAUCACACUCAAGAUCCUGUGAAGAUGGGCAGCUCCUACCAGUUUCUCAAGUCCAUUAUGGGUUGAAUUAAUUACAAAUAAAGUUGCCGUACAUGUUGGUUUAUGAAAAAAA